AUGCUACCUAAAGUGCUCCCCUUGACAGCCGUGACUUUUUGCCUAUACAGCUUGCUUCUAUCCAGUGUGAUUGCAUGCUCGAGUGACUGUAAAGCUGCAGUGCGUACGACCAAGCUGCCACCAACACCAGCACCAGCACCAGCACCAGCACCAGCGCCAACGCCCACGCCAACGCCCGUGCCAAUACCAACGUCAAACGGCGCCUGGCAAUCCCAUCCUAUGUUGUCCCCAUCGCCGCUAGCCAUCUGUACUGCGUCACUCCCCAACACCAACCAAGGUAGAGUCACGAGGUAUCGUCAAGUCUGCUGGGGUUGA